UACAGAACAAGUGGUGGGAAUAAAACACAACGGUUUCUCAGCUGUUGUUGCCUUAUACAACGGGUUAAGACCAAAAUAUUUAGUAACAUAACUAACUUGAAUUUCAAAUCUGUUAAUUACAAAUUUUUUAAAAAAUUAACUAACGUAAAAUUGAAUAAUUAAACCAGACAAAGUCGUUAAAUAUCUCUCAAAGAACAAUAUGAGUAAGAGCGAAAUGUCAGCGAGCGAGAUUGCUGCGGCGAAGCAGAAGAAAGUCGACGACUGGUUACCGAUCACGUCCUCAAGAAAGGCCAAGUGGUGGUACUCUGCUUUCCACAAUGUUACUGCCAUGGUUGGCGCUGGUGUUCUUAGCUUGCCCUACGCUAUGUCCAAUCUUGGAUGGGGACCUGGCGUGACUUUGAUGAUACUGUCAUGGUUGAUAACUUUGUACACACUGUGGCAAAUGGUGGAGAUGCACGAGAUUGUACCAGGGAAGAGGCUUGACAGAUAUCACGAGCUAGGCCAAGAAGCUUUUGGCGAAAAGCUUGGUCUAUGGAUCGUUGUGCCUCAACAGCUCAUCGUGGAGGUCGGUGUCGACAUAGUUUAUAUGGUCACGGGAGGAAAGUCCCUCAAGAAAGUCCAUGAACUCCUCUGCCCCGAUUGCAAAGACAUCAGAACCACAUUUUGGAUCAUGAUCUUUGCUUCUGUUCAUUUCGUUAUCUCUCACCUACCCAACUUCAACUCCAUCUCGGGCAUUUCACUCGCAGCUGCCGUUAUGUCCUUAACUUACUCAACUAUCGCUUGGGCUGCAUCGGUGCACAAAGGGGUUAAGCCAGAUGUAGACUACUCGUAUAGAGCCUCGACAACUCCUGGAAAAGUAUUCAACUUCUUGAACGCGAUGGGAGAUGUGGCUUUUGCCUACGCAGGUCACAACGUCGUGUUGGAGAUUCAGGCAACCAUCCCAUCGACUCCGGAGGUGCCCUCAAAGGUUCCAAUGUGGAGAGGAGUUGUUGUAGCUUACAUCGUAGUCGCCAUUUGCUACUUCCCUGUAGCGUUCCUCGGCUAUUGGAUCUUUGGAAACAGCGUUGAUGACAACAUUCUCAUGACUUUGGAGAAGCCCGUCUGGCUUGUCGCAAUGGCUAACUUGUUUGUGGUCGUCCAUGUCAUUGGAAGCUAUCAGAUCUUUGCAAUGCCCGUGUUUGACAUGAUGGAAACCGUUUUGGUCAAGAAGCUGAAUUUCGAUCCUUCCUUCACACUCCGCUUCAUCACUCGCAGUCUCUAUGUUGCUUUCACUAUGUUCAUUGCAAUAUGUAUCCCGUUCUUUGGUGGACUACUCGGUUUCUUUGGAGGAUUUGCCUUCGCACCAACAACUUACUACCUUCCAUGCAUUAUCUGGCUCAUUCUCAAGAAACCAAAGAGGUUUGGUCUAUCCUGGACGAUUAAUUGGUUCUGCAUUAUAGUAGGAGUUAUAUUGACGAUCCUAGCACCCAUUGGUGGCCUCAGAACCAUCAUUAUCAAUGCAAGCACCUACAAGUUCUUCUCUUAGAUUUCUUCUUAGUCUUCGUUUUCUACGACUGUCUGUUUUGCUUACCUUUUUAAAAAAGCUUUUAGUAUAGUUUAAGACUCGUAAUAAUUUUUUUAUGUGUUUUCUGCUUUAAUAAUUUAAAACUCUCCACUUUCCGGUUC